UCAUUCCAAUAUCGUUACAUUGUUGAGCAUAUUUUUUGUUGCCUCUGAUCAAAGUCUUCUUUCUCAUUUUGUUUCAAGAGAAAGAGAGAAUCAGAGGCCAUUCUUUCAAAAGAAUAAACUUCUUUACCUUCUAAAGAAUAAAAAAAUAAUAACUUGAGUCUUUGAUUUUCAUUUCAAGUUUUGUUUGGGGCACCCUAAUUACCAGACUAUAGGUUUGAUAAUAUUUGGGUGCCUCUUUUUCAAUUGUGGGACUCAGAAUCUAAUUCUAAAACGACAGGUUUCCACAAUUUGUAUUUGUGUAUAUUAGCGGUUGAAAAUGUUGGGGGAUUUCAUUAAUCGAUGCCUCAUUCUUCUCCUAGGGUAUGCAUACCCUGGAUUUGAAUGCUAUAAAACAGUUGAGAAAAAUAGGGUUGAUAUUGAGGAACUUCGCUUUUGGUGCAAAUAUUGGACUAUUGUGGCUCUCUUCACGGUAUUGGAAAAGUUUUUGGAUAUAUUUAUUUCAUGGCUGCCAAUGUAUGGAGAAAUGAAGUUGGUGCUCUUUAUCUACAUGUGGUAUCCUAAAACUAAAGGAUCUGGUUUUAUUUAUGAGACAGUGUUGAGGCCAUAUGUAUCAAAGCAUGAGAAUGAUAUUGAUAGGACCAUACAAGAGUGGAAAGCUAGAGGAUGGGAUUAUACCAUAUUUUAUUGGCAAUAUUUGGCACAAUUUGGACAAACUGCAUUUGUACAAGCUCUUCAACAAUUGGCAUCUCAAUCUUCAAAACUUUCUGCCAAGCCCACUGCUCAGAAAAGUGAGGAGCAAGGUGAAAACGCUCCAACAAUGAAAUCAUCCUUCAUGAAGCAAAAUAGUUCGCUAACCAAAAGCAAGAAAUGGCCAACAAGUCCACCAUCAACACCAACUACAGGACAAGUUAAUGUAGUUGAUGCCAAAACCGAAUACGUGGAUGAGGAAGAAGAUGAAGAAUGGGAACCCGAACCUAUCACGGCGGAAGAAGGGAAGGAUGGACAACGCGUAAGCGUGAAAGACAGAAUCAACCGAGCGCGUGCACGGCUCAGAAAGUUAGAUUCACAAAACCCACGAACCCCUAAGACCCCACAACGACGACAAUCGUAGAAAUGUACAUAACUACAUACUAUACUAUAUAGUCAACUUUAUUCCCCGAAAAAUUCAAAAUGAUGGGGGAAAUGAAAUUAAAUAGACUCUGUUUCUCUUUCUUUCAUAUGUUCAAAAAAUUGUCAUUCAUUGAUGCAUGUACUUUUUUAUUCAAGUAUUUAUACAUUGUGAAUUUGGCAUUAUAA